CCCUAGGUACAUGUAUGACCAGAGAAAUGAAAAGUUGUGCUCCAUUUGUGUACAGUGAAUCAAAAAGCUUUUCUGCUGUCAUGUAUAACUGAUUAGAGCUAAUAAAAAAUAAAUUUUAAAAAUUUAGAAUUGGUUCUAAACCAUUGUUUCCUUUUUUGUGAUUGUGAUGAUACAACAAAAAUGUUUUUAACUUUCAGUAUUUUCUGCUGUUUUUUUGAUAAUAUUUUGGUUAUAAAUGUAGUUCAUAUAUUGAUGUGUUUGAGUAUGAUCAUUAGCCAAGUUUCUGUCAAAUGUCAUUUUAAAAUGUAGUUGCAUUUAAAUAUUGAACUAAAGCAAAUGAGAUGUCAUUUUCUGUGUUUUCAUGAUUACAUUUCUAUGUAUUUAUAUAGUCCACUUAAGUUUACCUUUUCUUCCAUGAGUUUUUUACAUUCAGAAGUAUGUAUCCUUCUUACUCAAAUUAUUCAAGAUUUUGUGAUGUGCGCUGGUGGAAAUGACUCAUUUAAUGGAAUUGUGUUCCUGUCAGGCUUAUUAGAGCAUGCGCAUUUCAUUGAAGGAAAGAUUCCUGAGAAAAGUCUACUCCAAAAGUAAUGGCAUCUUGGCCAAGUUCUUUAUCUUAUCACUAUCGCCUUUGGAGUUACUUAGUGGUGCCUGAUCAAGAUAGGAUCAGUUUUCUUUCUUCUCUUCUGUUGUACGAUUCCCUUAAUUAAUACCUAAGAAAAAUCACAACAAGCUAAUUUAAAUCAUUAGGCAAUUUCUGGAUCUUAGCCAAAUUUGAGUUUGGGUUUUAGCAUGCUGUCUUUUUAAACAUUGUUACUUGUGUAAAUAACUCCUUAAAAGGCCAAAAUAAUGUAAUAGAAUUUUUGUGUUGCUUGUGGGUGUAUUAAAUGAUGUAUUGAAUGGUGUAAUUUUUUUGAAUGGCAGUUUAGGAAUAUGUAUCAAGAAUUUUGAGUUUUACCCAGCAGUUCCACUUUCAGGAUUCUGUGUAUAAAAUGUACAAAAAGAUUUGGCAAAGAUAAUCAAUGUUAAUAUUGUAUCUAUAGGCAGAAAUUUGGUAAAUCAAAAUAUCCCCCAAAAUAAUUAUGGUUAAUUUAUGUAAAAGAAUGUUACUUAGCCAUUUUAAAGUUUAUUUCUUAAGCCUAGUAAUAAAAGAAAAUCCUGAUCCUAUAAAAAUGAAUUGUCAAUAAUCAAUAGCAAUUAAAAACCCAAGUCCUGGGAGUGAGAAUGUAGCUUAGUGGUAGAGCGCUUGCCUAGCAUGCACAAGCCCCGGGCUCAAUCCACUAACACUUCAGAAAAACAAAACAAGUGGAUUUUUGUCUAUACAGGUCUAGCAGAAUCAUCAAAAGACAUUGAAUUCAAGUACAAUAUAUACAGUUACAUAUCCUAAAUUAUAUAUACACACAUAUUUACACAUAUUCACAUGAUACGUAUGCACAGAAAAGUAACAAAAACAUAAUGAAUUGUAUUUAUAUUCUUUUAUAAGUAUGCACAUGCGUAGAAAAAAGUCUGUUUAGUUAAACUAUGAAUAGUGACGAGACUAGAGGAGGUGAAAAGGCACUUUGAAGCAAGUCCUACUUGAAUUUUGAACAGUGAGAUUGUAUUAAUAAAUUACUAGUAAUUAAAAGUAAGUGAUAGGGCUUAAGAUAUGAAAGCCCUUGGGUAUUCCCAGCUCUUUGCCAAAAAUAAAAAAUAAAAAUGAAAAUAUUCCCUGAAACUUAAGAUUUCCUUUUGUAAAGAAAAUGUUUUUAAGAUAAAAGCAGACCGGGCAUAAUGGUGCAAGUCUGUAAUCCUACCGGCUCAGGAGGCUGAGACAGGAAGAUCUUGAGUUCAAAGCCAGCCUCAGCAAAGGCAAGGUGGUAAGCAACUCUCUGAGUCCCUGUCUCUAAAUAAAAUGCAAAACAGGGCUGGGAGUGUGGCUCAGUGGUUGAGUGCCCCUGAGUUCAAUCCCUGGUUACCUCCUACCCCCCCCCCCCAAAAAAAAAAAAAGAGAUAAAAGCAGUGGUGCAGGGUGUGAUAGUGCAUGCCUGUAAUCACAGUAACUGGAGAUGCUGAGACACUCAGGGCAGGGUGAUCUCAAGUUACAGGCCAGCCUGGGAAACCUAGUGAAACCCUGCCUCAAAAAGAAAGGUUGGGGGAUGUAGCUCAGUGGCUCAGUGGUAGAGUGCCCCUGGGUUUAAUCCCUAGUACCAGGGUUGCCAGGGAUAUAUAAGCAGUGGUUAUCUGUAGAAGUUAAAAUAAUUCUGAUUUUCUUUGUAUUUUUCUGCAUUUUCUAUAUUUUUUCCCCAUGAACAAGCCAUUAUUUAAUAACCAAAAGCAGUAAGAUUUUUGAUUUUUUAAUUUGGUGCUAGGGAUUAAACUUAAGCCUCAUGCAUGCAAAGCACACAUUGUACCACUGAAUUGUACCCCAGCCUUGAGAUAUGAGUGUGUAUGUAUAAUUUGUAUGUUACACACACACACAUACACACACACACACAUUUUUUAAGCUAAAAUCAUAGGUAGUAAUAUAGUUUGGGUUCAGUAUUACCUUGAUUCAGAUCCAGGCUCUAACAUUGACUAGUUGUGUCACUCUGGAGAGGUUGCUCUACUUUGCUCACAGGUUUAUUUUUGAAGACUAGUAAAAUAGGGCAUAUGCAACUUAAUUUCUUCUUGCUUUUCUCUCUCUCUCCCUCUCUCCUUUUUUUUUUGGUACUAGGGAUUGAACCAGGGGUAUUCUAUCACUGAACCACACCCCCAGCCCUUUUUAUUUUUUAUUUUGAGAUAGGGUCUCCCAGGCUGGCUCUCAACUUACUGAUCUUCCUUUCUCAGCCUUCAGAGUAGCUGGGGAUUAUAGACAUGUGCAAUUAUCUGUGGCUCUUGUCUUUCCCUUCAGUGCCAUAAUCGUUGAUUCUUCAAAAUGAAUGAAAAUCACCACGAAAGUAUUUACAGAAAUACAAAUGUAGUAAGAAGCAAGACAGUUGAAAGGCUCAUGAUAUGAUAGUUUCAGAAAUAAUUCUGCUACAGGAUAGAAAGUGAAAAUUUUUUCACUAGAGUGAAACAAAGCAGUGUGUGAUUUUCAGUUUUGAUGAGGGCAGGAGGCAGGAAUGAAGCCUCUGUGUUCAGUUGGAAACCAUUAUCAGUCAGCAGUAACUUCUUUUUUUUUUUUUAAGUUUAGUCAAUGAAAAUUUGCCCACAAGUUCAACCUGGUGAAUUCUUUUAAAGCUGUGUUGUAGAUGAAGUGUUGUCUUUAAUCAUCAUGGCUAUCAAUAUUAAGAAAUAAAAAGUAUUCAGUGUUCCAGGCUAAUGAGUCUUACAGUAGUCAUUCAAUACAUAAAAUGAAAUAUCUUCAUUAAUUUCAGAGAUUAUAUUUCAGGAGCAUAAGAUGAUUAGGGGAAAUAGAAACUAAUAUCAAAUUCUAAUAGCAGUUAAUAACUAAAUUUUUCUUACAUGUUAGAGAAUACAGACAUUUUUACAUUUUCCGUUUUGUAGAGGAGGUUUGUCAAACUUUAAAGAGGAACAUUAAUUGUUAUCAAACAGCUAGCUAAGGGCUGGGGAUGUAGUGUAGUGGUAGAGCACUUGUCUAGCUUGAAUGAGAUCCUGGGUUUGAGGUUCUGGGUUUGAUCUCCCGCACUGCAAACAAACAAGGCAAGAAAAACCAAAACAAAGUAAACAAAACCACAUAUAAAAAACAAAAAUCAGCUAGUUAAGUGGCAAAAUAGAAUCUAAUCCUGGCUGUCUUGUACUUCAGAGUGUUGGUAUUGCUGCCUCUAGGUGUUUUCAUAAAAAGUAACAAUUUAUUUUUAAAGGGCCAUAAGCUUCAGUGGAUAGUAAAUGUUUCUGUUUCUACAUUUGUUUCCCUAUUUAGUCAUAUUUCUUGAAUGAGUAAGUUGGAUUUUGCUAUGGUUGUCUUUCUUCUUACUUUUGAAUUGUAGCCCUUCAAGAAUGCAUAUAUUGAAAAAUAGUUUUGAGAUAGAUUUUCAUGUGGUAGAGAAUGCGCCUACUUUUGGGAAACCACUUUGCCUGUGUGACUGUGAGUCAGCAGCAGUGUCUGCACUUCGAGGCUGCAGUUGUGACCUGGCACCAACAUCUCAUUUCUGAAGUGUCUGAUAGUUACUGAAAUCGUAGGCUUUUUUGUUUUUUUGGUACCAGGGAUUUAACUUAACCACUGAGCCAUAUCCCUAUCCCUUUUUUAUUUUGAGACAUGGCCUCACUAAGUUGCUUAGGGCCUCUAUAAGAUGCUGAGGCUCUUUGAAGUUGCAAUCCUCCUGCCUCAGGCUCCGGAGCCACUGGGAUUAUAGGCGUGUGCCAGUAGGCUUGGCGAAAUCUCACUUUUAAUACCAGUUCAUAGUGCUUUCAGUAACUGAAAUCCCUUGGGAUUGAUCCCUCUGAAUUCUUUUCUACUCUGAUAUUUGUUUUUGUUAUGUUAUGUGAUUUUUUUCCCCACUAAAAAGCUGCAAAUCUCCCCUGAAUAUGUUAUCUUUUCAGUGAAAACAAAUGUUACCGUUGUAUAGUCUGAUCAAAAAAAUGUUUUUCUCAUUAGUGUCUUUAUGCGUAGAUACAUAUACCGGUAAGUAUCUAUCUAUAUAUAUUUUUCUUCAGUACUGGAAAUUGAAUCCAGGGACUUAUCUUCCACGGAGCUAUAUCUCCAGCUAGUGUCUUUAUUUUCUAACUUGUCAUAUACAGAUAAUCUCCAAUUUAUGGUGAUUUGACAGUUUCCGAUUUUAGAAUGGGGCAAAAAUGAUAUACAUUAAGUAGAAACUGUACUUGGAAUUUGGAUUUUUUCCUGGGCUAGCAGUGUGUAGUGUGAUACUCUUUGCCAUACUGGGCAUCAGCAUGGAGCUGCAUAUCCUGGUCAGCCAUGUGAUCACAAGGGGAAACAAAACAAGCUAUACUCCAUAGUUGCUGUGUUGCCAGAGUUUUUUGGAUAUUGUAUUUUGUUUUCACAAUCUACCAUUUCUACAAAAAUGCCCAUCUGUGUGUAUUCAUGAGAUAUUCCACACUUUGUUAUAAAAUAAGCUUUGUCUUACAUGAGUUUGCCAAACUGUAGGCUAAUCUAAGUGUUCUGAGCAUGUUUAAGGUACUGAAGCUAAGUAAUGAUAUAUAUGGUAGGUUAGGUAUAUUAUGUGUGUUUUCAAUUUGUGAUAUUUUCACUUAAGUGCAUUUCUCAGGACAUAAUCCUAUGGUAAGUCAAAGUUCCUCUGUAGUUGCUUGGCUCAUUGUAGAUUGUCUAGGCAAUUUUGUGCUGUUUUUAAGGAAUUCUUGAGUAGGUCUCUUUUGAAUGUUUCCAUUAUCUGUUGGAAGUUAGUUAACCUCCUUAUCUAAUUCAGUGUAUUCUUGUCAUCUUUGUAUCACAUUUAUUAUGAGAGCUAAUUUGAUUGACAUUUUGUUUUCCCUUUGGUUUGUUAAAUGACCAUGUUAGAGAGCAAGUGGACUCCAAGCUCCACAAGGGCAAAGACCAUGUCUGCUUUAUUUACUGUAUACUGUGUGGGCCCUGGUGAUGCAUGCCUGUAAUCCCAGCAAUUUGGAAGGCUGAGGCAGGAGGAUCAUAAAUUCAGGGCCAGCCUCAGCAAUUUAAUGAGACCCAGUCUCAAAAAAAAAAAAAAAAAAAAAAAAUUUAAAAGGGCUGGGAAUGUAGCUCUGUGGUAGAACGUACCCCAGGGUUCAAUUCCUAUACCAGGAAAAAAAAAUAAGGUAACAUUUCAUGUACAGUGUCUGGCACACAGUAAAAUUAAAUACUCAAGGAUAUGGCUAAGAAUAAUACAGCAGAAAAAUCUCAGGGUCAUGGUUAUCUUCAGCCUGAGUUAUCAGCAGUAUUGAUAGGAGUUAGGUACAAAAAAUGGAGGAGAAGGAAGAUUCAACUAGAUUUUAGAAAGUAUGUAAGAAACUAGUAAUAGUGAUAAUCAUAUUUUUGAAGACACAUAUUCUGGGCUCUGUGUUAGGAGCUUUACAAGUACAUCUUAUUUUAGAGAGUCCAGAUAGUAAUACCACAUCAAAAGAAAUAAUCAAAGGUAGGAAAAUAUUCUCAUUAAUUUAGGAGGAGGAUAAAGGUGAUUUAGGUGCAAGAGAGCUACUUAUAAAGAUGCUUUAAGUGUUGGUGAAAAAUAGCAAAAUGAUUUUCACUUAGAUUUUGAUUAGAAGGAAAUUUAAAAUAUUUAGAUAAUCCAAAUUUAAAAAAAUUAAGAUGAGAGUCAAGACAUAAAAACAUUUGAAUCUCAUCCCAAUGAAUUCAGUCAUUCUUGAAGGAAAUUUAAAAUAUUUAGAUAAUCCAAAUUUAAAAAAAUUAAGAUAAUGAGAGUCAAGACAUAAAAACAUUUGAAUCUCAUCCCAAGGAAUUCAGUCAUUCUUGGUAUAAAGUGAUGUGAGGCAGAUAUUGUAGAAUGUUAAGUUUAUACAGACUAAAAGAAAAUGAGAUGGAUCAGAUAAGAUUUCAGAGUUUCCUUUUAAUUGGAUUCAAUGAACUUGAUCAAAUUGGAUCUAAAUGACUUGCGGAACGUGGGUUGUUUUUUGUCGUACUAGGGAUUGACCCCAGGGAUGUUCUACCACUAAGUUACACCUCCCCCCCCCCCCUGCUUUUUUUUUUGAGAUAGUGUCUCCUAAAGUCCCCCAGUCUGGUCUUGACCUUGCAAUUCUUUUCUCCAGUUUAGUUUCCUGAGUACCUGGGAUUAUGGGUAUGUGACAUUGCUUUUAUUAAGUAAAUUUAGAAUUGAUUUUAACUGAAGAUAGGAUAAAACAGUAAUAGAAAAAUUUCAUUAACUCAGUUUCAUUUCAGGACCCAUAGUGGGUGUAGCCCACUCUAUGCCUUGUCUCUCUUUGUAAAACUUCAGUACUCUGUUAUUUGUAGUUAAUAUGCAUACUUUUUCCCAUUUUGCGUUUGCAAGAUUUUUUAUCUUCUAGAAAGCACUUUUAUCAGAAUGCAAAGGUUGUGCUUAUAAAUUGUGCAGAGUUUUAGUAUGUUAAGAUGACCUUCAAAAGAUGGAUGGAAAAUUGCUGUAUCAUGUCUUUUGUAUUUUAUGAAAGAAAGUCUUUUUCUUCCUGUAAUGUAAAAUUGGAAGAUGAAAUAAACUGAUUUUUAAAGAUAAAUUUCUUUGAAGGCAGAUUAGUAAAAUUGGUACAUUUUUCUUCUGGAGGAAGUAUUGUCAGAAUAGUUUUAUAUUUGUCCUCCUUUGAUGUGUGUAUGCUAUUUGUGAGGUCUUUUUAAAAUCUUUUAAAAAGUCUCAUAGGUUACUUUGAAGUCAUGAAACAGGAAGUAUGAAUGCUUGAGAAGAUAAAACUAUGAAUGAACUUAAUUAAUCAACUUAAAAUCUUAUGACUUCUGGCAACUUGCCUUGAAUGAUGAAUAGAACUGGAUCUGCACAUCAUUUGCAUUUUUAAUGUACAGACACCUUUGGUCUUUAACCAAGGUUUGUUUACACAGGAAUGUGAUAAUUUUCUGCUUAAUUCUGAGAAUUGUGUAAUAAGUGUUUUGUUGCUGGUUUUAGUUUCAUGUUCAUUAUUAACCAUUUGCUGGAUGCUAAAGCUUUUUGGACUUAUAGGAGGAUGAUGAAUAAGAUUCAACCCUAGCACUUCAGUAUAGAAGAUCUUACUAGUGAGGAGAAAAAUAGGGUCUCCUUGUGGGAAAUGCUGUCUUUGAGCUGAAAGUGAAGUCACCCACCGUCAAAUGCUAAUAUGCUAUACUCCUUUUCUUAUAAGAUCCAUUUUAGUAACAUGGUUUAUGGUAGAAAUAAACUUUGAUAGAACACAAACAGAGGCAAUAUUAUAAAGUCCUAUCCCAGUGUUACGAUUGAUCACCCUGGAGAAUUAAUUUGGAAUGCUCACAGAGGUAGAGGAUUGAGUGAGAAUUUGCUAAAAUGGAUGAUACCAAAAGUUUUAUCUCAAUAUUCAAUUGCCACUAAUGACCUAUGGUUAAAAAUAGUCCCAGUGCCAUGGGAGAGCAUGAUUUUCAUGUCCCUUAGUUCCUUAAAUAAGGUUAAGUAUUGCCCUGUUUCUUUGAAGUGGUGGUUUAUUGCUUUGUCUCAUUUUUUUCCCAGAACCUCUUUGGUUUAUUUUCUAUAUCUGUGUGUUUCAUUGUGAAGUAUUUCUGAUCCAUGAACCAACUCCUGCAAGCUCAAGAUGACUUUGAUAUUUAAAAAAACUGUGAUCUUGGGCUAGGUUGUGGCUUAGUGGUAGAGUGCUUGCCUAGCAUGUGUGAGGCACUGGGUUUGAUCCGUGGUACCACAUAAAAAUAAACAAAUAAAAUAAAGGUAUUGUGCCCAUUUACACUAAAAAAAAUAUUCAAAACAAAACAAAACAAAAACCAACUGUGAUCUUCUUGAAGGCAGGGAUUGUAUAUUAUUGGUUUAUGCCCAGGAACUAGUAUAGUACCUUGUUCUAGUGUGCUGUAAAUAAUAGUUUGUUGACUAAAUGGAUGAUAGGAAUGUUGUCAAAGCUUUAAUGAAUAUCUGAGUAGAUUAAGUGCUUGAUUUUCUUUUAUCUGUGUAAAUGUUAUGAAAAAACUUCCAAUAAAUUAGUUAGGCACAGUAUAUGUUAUAUCAUUGUUUAUAACUGUAACAACAACUGCCCAAAUACUGUUAGUUAAGAUCAAGAAUUAUGCAUAUCAUCAUUUGCCUGCUUAAAAUAGGAAAAUAAUGAUGAUGAGCCAAUCUGAUGAGGAGGCAGUGAAAUUGUUAACCUCAUACAUGGUUGGAGGCUUUAUAAAAUGGUUAACCCUUUUAUAAAAUGCAUAAAAAAUAACUGUGAACAACCAUCAGAACAACUAUACUAUAUGACUGAAUGUUAUAAUUUUAGAGACUAAUGAAAUAGUCCAAAGUAAGGAACUGUACGAACUAACCGUGUAUAUAGAAAUGUUAAUUUCAGAUUUAUGCAAGUUGAAGAUUUGUAUUACAACUCGAGUAAGUUAAUUAUUUGUCAGCCUUAGUUUUCUUAUUUUUACAGGGAAGAUUAUACAAGUUGAGUAUUUCCAAUUCAAAAUCCAAAAUAUCCCCAAACCUGAAACUUCCUGAACUCCAACAUGAUGCCCCAAGUUGAAAGUUCCACACUUGACCUCAUGUGGUAGGUUGUAGUCAGAAUGCUUGACCUCAUGUAGUAGGUUGUAGUCAAAAUGCCGGCACACUAAAAAUAUAGUAUUAAAAUUACCUUCAUACUGUGUAGAAAGACCUGAUAAGAACUAGUUUUAGGAAGACUGAAUAACUACAGAGUGGUUUGGUGAAGGAAGCAGAGAUGGGUAAUGGAAAGACUGUUUUUGUUUCUCCAUUUGUUCAUUCAGUUUUUCAAAAAACGUUUGUUGGGUUGGAGAUGUAACUCAGUGGUAGAGUACUUACCUGGCAUGCAUGAGACUCUAGGUACCAUCUCCAACACUGAAAAAAUAUUUACUUUUGCAUACGGGGCGCCUGGCUUGUCUCACCCUAAUCAUGGCCCUAUGUGUGAAACAAUUGUGAUUGUAAACUUUCUUUUAUAAUUACUUUGUAUUUUUGUCAACCAAAUCUUACAUGUAAUUGUAAAAAACAGUAGUACUGUAAGGCUUUUAAAGGAAACAGUGGUCUCCUGAGCCUGUUUCAUCUCAUCUAACAUAGCCACAUUUUCUUUCCUAUUUCUAUCUGUGGAAGUAACCAUGUUCAUAGUUCCUUUAGCUUUUCUCCACUGAGAUUUAGCACCUUGUUUCUAAAUGUGAUGCUUUUAAUGGUAGUUCUUGGUUUAUUAUAUUUAAGCAUUAGUUCAUUUAGACUUCAUUGAGUUAAAUUUGAGUUAAAACUAUGGAGAAGCCAUACUUUUUUUGGGGGGGUGGUGGUUACUGGCUCUUUUUUAAAAAAUACAUAUUUUUUUGUAGAUGUUGAUGGACCUUUAUUUUAUUCAUUUAUUUAUAUGAGGUUGCUCAGAAUCAAACUCAGUGCCUCAAACAUGCUAGGCAAGUGCUCUUCCACUAAGCCACAAUCCCAGCUCCUGUUAUUGGCUCUUUUAUUAUUUAGUAAUUAAGCCAAAAUUAUUUUUGGCUUAAUUACUUUGAAGGGCCUUUAUGUAAGAGCUUGGUACAUAGGCUUUAUUUUAACUAAAUUCAUCAGAAUAUUUAAUUUGUUUAACAUGUACAGUAUCAAAAUUGACUAUGUUCUGGAGAUGUCAUUUUUUUUCCCCUUGCUUUUCCAUGCAAAAGAAAAUCUAAUGAAAUUUUAAUGAAGUGUAAAUUACCAUGGACCUAUAUCCCUUAAUUAAAAUGUUUAAGAAAAUGUUUUUCUUAAGUUCCUUUAUUAAAUGUAAGCUAUGUGUCAGGUAUUGACAUAUGCUUUUUGUGCACAUGAUCUCAUUUAUUCCUUACAAUUUAGAGGUGUCAGGAUUCCAGGGUGUGGAAAAGUUAGAGAAAUUAAAUAAAUUGCCCAAAGUCACAAUGUGGGUAAACAGUGGAACAAGAAUUCACUUAGGAGUGUCUCCCAUGUUCUGAACCACUAAGUUAAGCUUUACACGGCCCUGUCAUUUGAUUUCCCAGAUUUCUGCAGGAAUGCUCCUUUUAAAUGCUGUCAUUAAAAUUUACACAAAAUUGCCGUUUGCAGACUCAAACUUUUUAAUUAAUUCAUGUAAAAGAAAAGAUUUGCAUAAUAGUUUCUUAUAAAGACAAAAAUAGAGGAUGGUGUGUGUAGCUUUGUGGUAGAGUGCUUGUGUAGCAAGCACAAGAACCUGGGUUAGAUCCCCAGCAAACCCUUCCCCCUAUUGCACACACACAUACAUACACACAUACAUAUAUGUAAAUAUCAAAGAAAAUGUAAAUUUCAUGCUUUAGCAUUUGGGACCUGGGAGAAAGAAGAAAAUCCAACUAAUCUAAUUAUUUACACAAAUCUUUAACACUUAAGGCCCUAUGACAUGUAUUUCAAGGAAUUUUGAGAUAAAUAGGAUAGUCUUGGCCCUUAAGAAUACUUCAAGUGAAAGUAAGUAUGCCAUAAAGUAAUACAAAUGUUCUAUGAGAAGAGUAAGUUAGGUACUGUGAGAAUUUGUGGAAGACACCAGGAAGACUUAUAGAAAAGUAAAUGAUAGGCCUGCUCAAGGAAGGAUAGCACAGUUAUGGAAGGGUCAUUUCAGUGGGAAUUUAAAGAGAGGAAAUUUUGGGGGUGUGUUUGUGGGAACAGCAUGUGGGUUAGUUUGACUAGAAAGUUUCCGCCCCAAGUUCACAUACCUAGUAAGUGCUAGAAUUGGAAGUGGAAUCUCUAGCAGUCAGACUCCAGAGUCUGCAGUAAUCACUGUCAUUCGAAACAACUAUAUAGUUACCAAGAGUCUUGCCUGUCUGGUCACCAGUAAGGCCAGAGUGGGGUUGGAUUCUUUAAGGAAGCUGAGAGCUUAGGGGAAAUUAUUUGUAUUGUAAAAAUUCUGGAGGGGUCACAGGGAAGAGAUUAGAGAGGAGGGGCAGUAAUGGGGAAGGAAAGUGAUGGAUUCAUUGAGGGAUUAGUGCCCUCCAGGUUCCUAGUGGAUUUGCUUUGCCUCUCUUUAUUAAAGGAAGCAUUUAAAUUAGGUCAAGAACUUUUCUUCUGUCAUAAAUUUAAAAAAUGCUACUUUCAGUACAAUCUUAGUUGUUUCAAGGUUAGUACUGUGUUAACAAUAAAAACUAGUAUUAUAAAAAGACAAAUUGCUAGACAAAUUGUAGCUCCUGUCUUUAAACAGAAUUGCACAGCUGUAUUUUCAAGAAGGUUCAUUCAGGGAAAGAUAGAAAGCAUAUUAUCUGUAAAGAGAUGUUUCAGGAACUUAAUAGUGUCCAAGUAUUUCAAACCUAGUGAUGCUGGUAUAUACUCGCUUCUGAAUAGGAAAGAGUUUGAUUCUGUUAAUUUUACCUGUUGUUGGCCACUAAUAGGGGAAAUCCGUUUGCAGGAUAAAAUCCUUAAUAAAUAGAAUUGGAAAGUGAGAUACAGACAUUAAAAACUUAAUAUUUAUGCUUAGACUUAAUUCUACAAACAAGUUAUGUGCACUUAAUUUGUAGGAAAUGGAGAUUAUAAAUAAUGGUUCCUGCCUUGGACUUCAUGAGGUGAGAGAAGAAAUUUUUACAGACAACAUAGAAUUACAGUGGUCUGAGAAAUUACAAAGAUGUUAUGUGAUCUUCCAGGGGAAGAAGCUAUCUUAAACAUAACUGUGUGUCAAUACUAGACCUUAAAUUAUACUACAGAGCUAUAGUAACAAAAGUGGCAUGGUAUUGGCACAAAAAUAGACUUGAAGACCGGUGGAACAGAAUAUAAGACACAGAGAUAUACCCACAUAAAUACAGUUGUCUCAUACUAGACAAAGGCACCAUAAACAUACAUCGGAGAAAAGAUAGCUUCUUCAACAAAUGGUGCUGGGAAAACUGGAAAUCCAUAUAUAGUAGAAUGAAACAUAAACACAUAUAGGAGGAAAGAUAGCCUCUUCAACAAGUGGUGCUAGGAAAACUGAAAAUCCAUAUGCAGUAGAUUGCAAUUGAACCCCUGUGUCUCAACUUGCACAAAACUCAACCAAAGUGGAUCAAGGACCUAGGCAUUAGACCAGAGACCCUGUGCCUACUAGAAGAAAAAGUUGGCCCAACUCUUCAUCAUGUUGGCUUAGAAAUGGACUUCCUCAAUUAGACUCCUAGGGUCAAAAAGUAAAAUCAAGAAUUAAUAAAUGGGAUGGUAUCAAACUAAAGUUUCUUCAAAGCAAAGGAAAAAAAAUCAAGAAUGUGAAUAGAGAGCAUACAGAAUGGAAGAAAACCUUUACCACCUGCACUUCAGAUAGAGCAUUAAUCCCCAGGAUAUACAAAGAACUCCCAAAAACUUAACACCAAAACAAAAAACCCCACCCCAAACAAUCCAAUCAAUAGGGCAAAGGAAUUGAACAGGCACUUCACAGAAGAAAUAUGAAUGAUCAAAAAAUACAUGAAAAAGUGUUCAACAUCUCUAGCAAUUAGAGAAAUGCAAAUUAGAACGACACAGAGAUGCCACCUCACUCCAGUCAGAAUGGCAAUUAUCAAGAAUACAAAUAACAAUAAAUGUUGGCGAGGAUGUGGGGGAAAAGGUGGUUCAUUCAUACAUUGCUGGUAGGACUGCAAAUUGAUGCAACCACUCUGGAAAGUAGUAUGGAGAGUCCUUAGAAAAUCUAGAAUGGAACCACCAUUUGAUCCAGUUAUUCCACUCAUUAGCUUAUGCCCCCAAAACUUAGAAUACUAAAGUGACCCAGCCACAUGAAUAUUUAUACCAGCUCAGUUCACUAUUGCCAAGCUGUGGAACCAACCUAGGUGCCCUUCAACAGAUGAAUAGAUAAAGAAAAUGUGGUAUAUAACACACAAUGUAAUGUUAGCCAUAAAGAAGAAUGAAAUAAUGGCAUUUGCCAGUAAAUGGAUGGAGCCGGAGACUAUAAUUCUAAGUGAAAUAAGCCAAUCCCCCCAAACCAAAGGCUGAAUGUUCUUUCUGAUAUGUGGAUGUUAACCCAUAACAAGGGAAGGUAGAGAGGGGAAGUAUAGAAGUUUAUUGGAUUAGACAAAGGGGAAUGAAGGGAAGGGAAGGGGGAUAGAAAUAGGAAAGACAGUAGAAUGAACUGGAUAUAGCUUUCCUGUGCUUAUACAUGAAUACAGGACCAGUGUAAUUCUACAUCGUGUACAACCACAAGAAUGGGAUCCUAAUUGGAAUGUGUUGCACUCCAUGUAUGUAUGUCAAAAUAUACCCUAUUAUCAUGUAUAUCUACAAACAACAAAUAAAAAAUAACUCUCCUACUUUCUCCUGAAGCAGGAGGAUUGCAAGUUUGAGACCAACUUGGCAACUCCAUGAGAUCCUUAGCAACUUAGUAAGACCCUUCCUGAAUAUAAAGUGCCCCUUGGUUUAAUCUCUAGUACCACAAAAAACAAUUGUGAGUGUUAUAGGUAUUUGGAAAAAAUUUCUUAAAGAGUGGCAUUUGAAUUGAUUUUAGAGAGAUGACUGUUUUCAGCAGAUCAAGGAUGGAAGGAAGGAUUUUAUGGGUUAAUUAAUUAAUUUAAGUUGACACAGGUGGAAUAGCAUAGAACAUAUUUGGAAGAUGACUGGAAGUCUAUGUUGGUAAUAAUGUGGGAUGAGAGGGUUUAAUUGAAGAUGAUGCUAUGUCUAAUGUGUUAAGGAAUUUGGACUCUUAUUUUGUGAGUGGUUGAAAGCACUUGAAGUCAUUUUAUUCUAUCAGAGCUGAUAUCAUCCAGUUUGUAUUUUUGGGAGGUUACCCUAGGUUGACUAAGAAGUGGUUGGUGUGAUGGUAGUUAGGAGCAUGAUAUUGGGAGUCAUUUCUCCUGGGUCACCUCCUGGCUAUCUCACCCUGGCUAAUUUAGGUAAUCUGACCAAUCCUGAGAUUACUCAUCUGCAAAAUGAGAAUAAUGAUAGUACCUACCUUCUAGACCUGCUAUGAGGAAUAAACAAAGUUAUGCAGUAGAUUGCUGAUCUCUUAACACAGAAAGAUGUUAACUAUAAAACUAUCAUUCUAAGUGAAAUAAAAGAAUAUCAUUCUGGGCUGGGGUUGUGGCUCAGUGGUACAAUGCUUGCCUAGCGUGUGUGAGGCACUGGGUCCGAUUCUCAGCACUACAUAUAAAUAAAUGAAUAAAAUAAAGUCCAUCAACAACUAAAAAAAAGAAGAAAAAAAAUAUCAUUCUGUUAAAGGGCAAAGGUUGGAGGUAGAAGGACCACAUAGAAAGUAGGAAAGUCAUCUUUUACUAUUUAAUAAGCUAUAUUAAUAUUUUAGAGCUUUAAAAUUUGUAAAAAUAAUAUUUCCUUGUAAUGUAAAAAUCUUAAUUGUGUUUGUUUACUGUGUGUGUUUAAAAUAUAGUCUACAUAUAAAAAGGCAGUCAGUUGUUUUGUAGCCCUCUGGUUAAUAUUGUGGUCUUAGUCUCAUAUGAUUUUCUUCAAAGUUACAAUUUUUUAGGCCAUAUAAUAUUUAUUUAGAAGUUUCAGUCUUUAAGCAGAUUUUAUAUAAACCAAGUUUUCACACAUGUUCAGAAUCUCAGUUCCAAAUGUCAUAGAACUAUAUGAAUGUGGUUGAAUAACAAACAUAGCAAAUACAGUGUUCCUUGCUGUCAUUACAUACAUUUGAAUCUGGCUCCUUUUUUAAAAAAAUAGUGUCAUGAGGCUGGGGUUGUGGUGGUAGAGUGCUUGCCUGGCAUGUGUGGGGCACUGGGUUCAAUCCUCAGCAAGCACCACAUAAAAAUGAAAUAAAGAUGUUGUGUUCACCUACAGCUUAAAAAAAAAAAGAUAGUGUCAUGAUUUUUAAAGAAGUUACUUAAUCUUUUUUGAGUCAGUUUUCCUAAUGAGUAAAAUGGGAAUGAUAUUACCUGGCUUCCAUACAGUGUUGGUAUGUGAAUUAAAUUAUGAACAUAUAUGUAUCAUAUAGUUGGUAUAUAAUAAAUGGGGCAUAGUAUUUAUAUGCAUGGACUACUGAGUGCAUGUGUUUUUAUAGUUUGAUAAUUGUUAUGUAUUCUAAUUUUCCAAAAGCAUUUAGCAAUAUUAGUUUACAUUUAAGAAUUCAUUCAGUUUUCAUGAAACCUGGCUACUUUCUUUUUUUUUGUGGUACUGAGGAUUAAACAGGGUCUCACCCAUGCUAUCCAGGUACUCUACUACUGAGUACAUCCUCACCCCUUUUUAAAUUUUAUUUGAGGCAUGGUCUUGUUAAUUUGCGGGGGCUGGUACUGAACUUGUGAUCCUCCUUGCCUUAGCCUCCCAAGUAGCCAGAAUUACAGGUGUAAGCCACUGUACCCAGCCUUAGUAAUUUCUUUAUAAAUAAUUCAUGUAGAUUAGGAAUUCAGUGAUUUUUUUUUUUAUUAUUCUUUGCUCUUAUUUUGGGAAAUUAACUAUAUAAAGUUUAUUUAAAGCUAAAUUUGUUUUGCAUUUUUAUUUUAGUAAGCACCUAAUUUUGUAUUAAUGUGUCAUCUAAAACAAUACUUAUUAAUAUGAGAAUGAGACAUCAUUCUGCUUUUAAAAAUUAAAAAAAUUUAAGUUGUAUAUUUUUGAAGUUCUAUAAUUUCCAUACAUGCUAGGCUUCAUACAUGUUAGGCAAGCACUCUACCACUGAGCUAUAUCCCCAGCCCCUGUUCUCACCUGCUUUUUGAGACAGGGUCUGGUUAAGUUGCCCCAGUUGGCCUCAAGGUUUAUAUGCCUUCUGCCUCAGCCUCUAAAGUUACAGGAACCUACCACCAUACUCCAGCCUGUAACUGCAUUUUUGUGUGUGUGUGUGUGUGUGUGUGUGUGCCAGGGAUUGAUUCCAGGGUUGUUUAACCACUGAGCUACAUCCUUAGUCCUUUUUAAUUUUUAUUUUGACACAGUCUCACUAAGUUGCUUAGAGUCUCACUAAGAUGCUGAGGCUGGCUUUAAACUUACAAACCUCCUUCCUCAGGUGCCUGAGUUGCUGGGAUUACAGGCAUGCACCACCAAGCCUGGUGAAUUGUAACUGCAUUUAAAAAGUUAUACUAUGGUUGUGUUUGAAUAUCUUAUGGAUCUUAGUGUGAGCUAAACACACAAUAUGGUUUAGUGAAAUGAAAUCAUGUUACAGUUUUUGAGUUUUUUACUUUUUGAGUAGAUAUCUUUAUUAGGUAAUCUUUACGUUUCUUAAGGUUUUUAUUAUUUUUUCCUUGGUUUCUCUUUUUUUGGUGUAGUUAUACUCCUUAGAUGUUUUUAUAAUGUUGUGUCUCUCAGGUGAGAUAACUAGCUUCAUUGCAUGAAAUACAGAUUUUAAUAAACCAAGAGGCAACAAGAAGGAAAAAAACAUUAUUUCUCCUGAGUCUUCUGAAUAUGAAUUAAGAGUCAAUAAGAUGUACAUAGUGGUCUUAUGAAAACAAUGCUGCAAUAAUGACAGAUAAAAAACACCCAGUUGUUUACAACUUAUUUGAUAUAAUAACACUUAAUGGCAGUAUUCUGGUCAUUACCUAUAGAAAAGGAACUACUUAGAAACUUCCAUUGACUCUUGAUAUCCUACUCCUUUCUCUGCUCUGUGUUAAAAAAAUGGUUAAGAAGAAUCAGUGGGUGAGAAAAUGCACUAGACAUUGAGGAAAUAAUAUGAGAAACAGUUAAUUUUAAUUUUGCCUUAGAAUCAUCCAGAAUGACCUGUGCAGGAAUUUUGCAAAUUUCAUUAGGAUUUGUGCAAACGUAAAUGCAAAUAUUGAAUUCUUUUGAUAGUUUGCUCUCUCAAGCACUAUACACAGCAGUAUACUGAUGGCAGCUGCUGCAACAGAAGUACCAUUAGAGCUAUAGUACUGUACUAAAAUGUAUAGCACUGGAAAAUAAUAGCAGGGAAAGCAGUCAAAAAGGUAGCAGUCAGUGUUUGUUUAGAGGAAGUCACUUGAAAAAACUAACCAAAACAGUGGAGAAGGUGCUCAAGAGGCACUUGCUUAGCAUGCAUGGGGCCCUAGGUUUGAUCCCUAAACCACCUGAAGAAUGUAUGCUUUAUGUGUAUGAAAACAAUGUAUUCUCUUGGUUUCUGUGUAUAUAAAAAUAAAGGUGAUUGGUUACCAGCAUUGGUUUUAAGGUUAAGAAUAAAGACUUGGUAAGUAGAAUCUUAUUUUCUCAUUUGUAUACAUUUUUACAAAACUAGAAAAAAAUCCAGCUGAUAGUUGGCUAACAAGUUAUAAACUUUUCGCUGUGCUAUACCUAAGUCACCUGGAGUUAAAUAGCUCUGAAUUUUUUGAAAUUUCGUAUUUAUCUUUAUAAUACCCAUAUCUUUUAUAUAAUUUAUGUAUCAUAAUAUAUUCAUUUUAUGUAAAUAUAACAGUGUUUAAAAUUGACCCUCCAGGAAGAUGUUCCAUUUGAGUAGAAAUUACAGGUGAUUUGAUAGAUAAAUACUUGGCUAUUUAACACCAAGCACUCCUGCCCUCUGCCUACCAAAGUUCUUCAUUAGAUAGCAAGUGGAGACUCUGUACUCCAAAAAACAAAUAAGGCUGAUUUAUUUUUUUCCAGUUAAAAAUAUGAACUGUCUUACUAGUGAUUUCAGAAGUUGGAUAUGGAAUACUAUAGAUUGGUUGUAUGGUUUCGGUAAUACGAGUAAGUAUUUUUUAAGCUGAAAUAGAUAAGAUUUAUAUAUAGGUAAGAAAUAUUGCCUUCUAAAUGUGAAGAGAGUUAACUCAUUUGGUGAAAUCUAACUUAAAAUUCUUAAAAAGCUUCAAAUAAGAUUUGUCAGAACCAUUGAACAAUGUAUUCUUUUUCUGCUGACAGUAUUUUUGUCAUCCAGAUUGUGAGUAUACAAAAUUAAGAUGGUAAGAAUAGCUGCCUUUUAGUGGUUUCUCUUUUGAAAAACACAUUGUGACUCAUUGGUACUCUUCAGAAUACAUGUUUUUCAUUGUAAUCUCUUAUUUUCAAAUUUAAAAUUAUUUUUGAAGAGUUGAGAUAUUCAAAUGGUUCAAAAUUCAAAAGAAAUUUAAUUGUUUAAAAUACCUAGAGAUAUUUUAAGCACUGGCAAGUGUGUGUGUAUAAUUAUUAUAUAUUUCCUUUACCUCCUUAAAAAUAGAAAUGGUAGCUUAUUAUAUAUAUUUCAAUGAAGAGAUGAGCUUUUAAUUUUUGUUUUGUACUUUGGAAUAAAAAGUUUUUAUAUGUUACGUAAUUCACAAUCUGUAUGAAAUGUGCCUCUGUCAUCUUUUUUUAGGACUGCCUGGUAUUCUGUUGAGUGUAGAUGUCCCCAUUUUUUUUUUUUUUGUACCAGGUAUUCAGCUUAGGGAAGCUUAACCACUGAGCCACUGCCUCAGCUUCCCAAGCUUCUGGGAUUACAGGCGUGUGCCACUGUUCUUGGCAUGUCUCCAUUUCCCACCCCUGCAACCAAUGGUUGGUGUUAGACUUCUGCUAGAUUGUUGCAUAAUAGUCUUCACUUCAUAAAAUAUCUCAGUGUUGAGAAUCAUUUGUUUCUCAUUCAGCCAGAAAUGUUAUAGAGUUAUAAAAAGAAUGAAGACGAAUGUUGGGGAGCUGAUUAAGGAAGUGUAGUCUUGAGGCACUUUCUAAUGAUGAAAGGUAAGGACUGGCAAGCGGUUAAGAAGAGUUGUUUGUAUGGAUAGGCAAGGCCUCCGGGAGGGUAGGACAUUAAACUAACUUGGAUGAAGAGGCUUCUGGGUAAAAAUCAGGGUCUUCUGGUGUGGGAAUACUGAACACAAGAGUCCCUGGAGAAGAAGUGAAUGAGGUCUACAGCAGAACUGGAUGGAGAACCCUUGUGGUUGGAAUUGAAGAAAGUGAGAGGAGACUGGCAGGCACCAGAGCACUACUGUGUCUGGAGUAAUUGAAACAGGAAGAUGAAGUCCUCAGUACAUUCUGAAGAGGAUGAUUUUGUUCCAGAACUGCAUAGAAAUGUUCACCCUCGAGAGCGGCCCGAUUGGGAAGAAACACUUAGUGCAAUGGCACGAGGAGCAGAUGUUCCAGAGAUUCCUGGAGAUCUUACUCUUAAGACAUGUGGCAAUACAGCGAGUAUGAAAGUUAAACAUGUGAAAAAGUCUACUACUCCAGGACUGAUGGGCUGUGACAACAUUCACAGGUUACCCUUCACUAAGGGUCACUUUCCGAAGAUGGCUGAAUGUGCACAUUUCCAUUAUGAGAAUGUUGAAUUUGGCAGCAUACAGCUUUCACUUUCAGAAGAACAGAAUGAAAUAAUGAAAAAUGGCUGUGAAUCUAAAGAGCUGGUCUACCUCGUGCAGAUUGCUUGUCAGGGCAAAAGCUGGAUUGUUAAAAGAAGUUAUGAAGAUUUUCGGGUACUUGAUAAACAUCUUCAUCUCUGUAUUUAUGACCGAAGAUUCUCCCAGCUCUCAGAGCUUCCCCGUUCUGACAGUCUUAAGGACAGUCCAGAGUCAGUCACUCAGAUGCUCAUGGCUUACCUGUCACGCCUUUCAGCUAUUGCUGGUAACAAGAUCAAUUGUGGGCCUGCCCUUACUUGGAUGGAGAUUGAUAAUAAGGGAAAUCAUCUUCUAGUUCAUGAGGAAUCAUCCAUCAACACUCCUGCUGUUGGUGCUGCCCAUGUUAUCAAGAGGUACACUGCUCGGGCUCCAGAUGAAUUGACAUUAGAGGUGGGAGACAUUGUUUCCGUUAUUGAUAUGCCCCCCAAAGUGUUAAGUACAUGGUGGAGAGGCAAGCAUGGAUUUCAGGUGGGACUCUUCCCUGGACAUUGUGUUGAGUUAAUUAACCAGAAAGUUCCCCCGUCGGUGACCAAUUCAGUGCCAAAACCAGUAUCUAAAAAACACGGCAAGCUCAUUACUUUCUUACGAACAUUCAUGAAGUCUCGUCCAACAAAACAGAAGCUAAAGCAGCGAGGGAUUUUGAAAGAGCGGGUGUUUGGUUGUGAUCUCGGGGAGCACCUUCUGAAUUCUGGCUUUGAAGUUCCCCAGGUUCUCCAAAGCUGCACAGCAUUCAUUGAGAGAUAUGGCAUUGUGGAUGGAAUAUAUCGUCUUUCUGGAGUUGCCUCCAAUAUCCAGAGACUACGCCAUGAAUUUGACUCCGAACAUGUCCCCGACCUGACGAAGGAACCUUAUGUUCAAGACAUCCAUUCGGUGGGCUCCCUCUGUAAGCUGUACUUCCGAGAGCUCCCAAACCCUCUGCUCACCUACCAGCUGUAUGAGAAAUUUUCUGAUGCCGUUUCAGCAGCAACAGAUGAAGAAAGGCUGAUAAAAAUUCAUGAUGUCAUUCAGCAGCUCCCCCCGCCACACUACAGAACACUGGAGUUCCUGAUGAGGCACUUGUCUCUUCUUGCGGACUACUGUUCCAUCACAAAUAUGCAUGCAAAAAAUCUAGCAAUUGUCUGGGCUCCAAACCUGCUUCGAUCAAAACAGAUAGAGUCUGCCUGUUUCAGUGGAACAGCUGCUUUCAUGGAAGUAAGGAUUCAGUCUGUGGUUGUUGAGUUCAUCCUCAAUCAUGUAGACGUGCUCUUCAGUGGCAAAAUCAGUGCAGUCAUGCAGGAAGGGGCAGCUUCUCUGUCAAGGCCCAAAUCUCUGUUGGUAUCCUCUCCAUCCACCAAGCUGCUGACAUUGGAGGAAGCCCAGGCAAGAACACAGGCUCAGGUCAAUUCUCCAAUUGUAACUGAAAAUAAAUAUAUUGAAGUAGGAGAAGGACCUGCUGCACUUCAGGGGAAAUUUCAUACCAUAAUUGAAUUCCCACUUGAAAGAAAGAGGCCUCAAAAUAAGAUGAAGAAAUCUCCUGUGGGCAGCUGGCGUUCAUUUUUCAACUUGGGGAAAUCAUCAUCAGUCUCUAAGCGGAAGUUGCAGCGUAAUGAGAGUGAGCCUUCAGAAAUGAAAGCUAUGGCUCUCAAAGGUGGCAGAGCAGAAGGAACCCUUCGCUCAGCAAAAAGUGAGGAGUCUCUUACUUCUCUUCAUGCAGUUGAUGGUGAUUCCAAGCUCUUCCGACCCAGAAGACCCCGAUCUAGCAGUGAUGCCCUGUCUGCCUCUUUUAACGGAGAAAUGCUGGGGAACCGCUGUAAUUCCUAUGAUAAUCUGCCCCAUGACAAUGAGAGUGAGGAGGAGGUAGGGUUGCUGCAUAUCCCAGCUCUCCUGUCUCCUCAUUCAGCUGAGGAUGUUGACUUGAGCCCUCCAGAUAUUGGAGUAGCCAGCCUGGAUUUUGAUCCAAUGUCAUUUCAGUGUAGUCCCCCUAAGGCCGAAUCAGAAUGCCUGGAGAGUGGUGCUUCCUUUUUAGAUUCAUUAGGAUACUCCAAGGAUAAACCAUGUACCAGUAAAAAGGAUGUAGAACCAAGUGGUAGCCAGUCUCAGACUCCAGGAAGCACAGCAAGUUCUGAACCUGUCUCUCCAGUUCAGGAGAAAAUGAGUCCAUUCUUUACCCUGGACCUGAGCCCAACUGAAGAGAAGUCAUCCAAAUCAUCCUCAUUUACUGAAAAGGUCGUCUAUGCUUUCUCUCCGAAGAUUGGACGAAAAUUAAGCAAAUCGCCUUCCAUGAACAUAUCUGAGCCGAUUUCAGUGACCCUUCCACCUCGGGUCUCAGAAGUCAUCAGUACUGGCUCAAAUACUGCAGCUCAGAAUGCAUCAUCUCCAACCUGGGACAAAAGCACAGAAGAAAGUGAUAUCACAAAUAGAUCCCCCACCCAAAUAGUAAAGAUGAAAACAAAUGAGAGAGAGGCCCAAGAAGGAUGCGAACCUGAAAUCCAGCCCCUGGACCAGGUAGCUGCUGAAGAAAUAGAGUUGCCAGGGAAAGAGGAGCGGUCUGUCUCAAGCAGUCAGAGUAAGGCUGUAGCUUCUGGACAGACUCAGACAGGAGCAGUUACCCAUGACCCCCCUCAGGAGCCUGUUCCUGUCAGUUCAGUCUCUCUUAUCCCACCGCCACCGCCUCCGAAAAAUGUCGCCCGAAUGUUGGCGCUAGCAUUAGCUGAGUCUGCGCAGCAAGCCUCUACUCAGUCACUGAAGAGACCAGGGACUUCUCAGGCUGGGUACACAAAUUAUGGAGACACAGCAGGGGCUACAGCUGAAGAUAAACUGCCCAGUCCGUACUCUAGUAUUUCUCUAGAUAAGGCCUAUUUCCAAACAGAUCGACCAGCAGAGCAGUUCCACCUCCAGAACAAUGCACUGGGAAACUGCAACCAGCCUCUCCCAGAGACAACAGCUGUUGGGGAUCCUACUCAUACCAAGGUAAAUGAAUCUGGGGAGCAACUCCACCAAGUAGACUUACCAGGAAACCAUCUACAUCGAAACUAUUUAUCUGGGGACCCAGAAAAGGCCAGAAUUACUUUAGUUCCCUUAACAGACUCAGAAAAGUCUGAUGAUCAUGUAGGUUUCCCUGAAGACCAGGCUGGGAAGACCACUGUGGCAACCAUCCCCUUCGUAGAGCAGGACCAGUCUGCACUCCAUUUCUACAGUGGGGAUCAGUCUCCUGCCUACCUUGGUGCAAGUGUGGAUCAGCCCCAUCACCCUUCAGAACUUGCAGACCAAUCUUCCAUGCCUUCAAAUUUGCCUAGAGACAAAAGCUGUCCUCUUUCUGGGUCCCCUGAAGAGAAUACCAGCACAGCCACCAUGACUUACAUGACAGCGACUCCAGCAACAGCUGAAAUAAGCACCAGGGAUGCCAGCUGGGCUGUGAGUGAACAGCCCACUGCCACUGGGUUUGCUGUUGCUACCCUUCAGCGCACACACAGAAGUCAUCGCCCUCUCCCCCCGCCUCCUGCCCAGAGGACCACAGAGCAGCUGCCAGUCGCGGGGCAAGUACAAGCUGCAGCCAGUAUAGGACUGAAUGAUUCCCACAAGGUUCACGGAGUAGUUCCAGCUCCAGAGAGGCCACCUGAACCUCGAGCCGUGGAUGACCCUGCACCCAUCUUUGUCAGUGAUAGCUGUGCAGCUGCUGCUCAGUGUCCUAUGGUUACUACUGCUCUCCAGCCAGGCCUGCCUGAGAAAGUGCGGGAGAGUACCAGGGCCCCACUGCUCCACAUGCGAGCCGAGUCCUUCCCUGGGCACUCCUGUGGCUUUUCUGCACCAAUGCCCCCCACCAGAACAAUGGAGAGUAAGAUGGCUGCCGCCAUGCACUCCAACAGUGCAGAUGCCACUAGCAGUUCAAAUUACCACUCCUUUGUCACUGCGUCAUCAGCCUCAGUGGAUGAUGUGUUGCCUUUGCCACUGCCUGUCCCACAACCUAAGCAUGCUUCUCAGAAAAUAGCUUAUUCCUCCUUUGCUAGGCCUGAUGUCACCACUGAGCCCUUUGGUCCAGAAAACUGUUUGCAUUUCAAUAUGACUCCAACCUGCCAAUUCCGUCCCCAGAGUGUACCUCCACAUCAUAAUAAAUUGGAGCAACACCAAGUGUAUGGUGCCCGAUCAGAGCCACCAGCCUCCAUGGGUCCUCGUUAUAACACCUAUGUGGCCCCGGGAAGAAACACGUCUGGACACCACUCUAAGCCAUGCAACCGGAUGGAGUAUGUUUCUUCUUUGAGCUCCUCAGUUAGGAAUGCUUGCUAUCCUGAAGAUAUUCCACCAUACCCUACCAUCCGAAGGGUGCAAUCUCUCCAUGCUCCCCCAUCUUCCAUGAUUCGUUCUGUUCCCAUUUCACGGACAGAAGUUCCCCCAGAUGAUGAACCAGCCUACUGCCCAAGGCCCCUGUACCAGUUUAAGCCAUAUCAGUCCUCCCAGGCCCGCUCAGAUUAUCAUGUAACUCAGCUUCAGCCUUACUUUGAGAAUGGACGGGUCCAUUACCGCUAUAGUCCAUAUUCCAGUUCCUCUAGUUCCUAUUACAGUCCUGAUGGGGCCCUGUGUGAUGUGGAUGCCUAUAGCACAGUACAGUUGAGGCCCCUUCAUCGCCUGCCAAGUCGUGAUUUUGCUUUCUACAAUCCCAGGCUACAAGGCAAGAACUUGUACAGUUACUCUGGUUUGCCUCCACGCCCGCGGACCAACAUGACUGGCUAUUUCUCUGGUAAUGACCAUAAUGUAGUAAACAUGCCUCCAUCUGCUGAUGUAAAGCACACCUACGCCUCGUGGGAUCUAGAGGACAUGGAAAAAUAUCGCAUGCAGUCUAUCCGGAGAGAGAGCCGUGCACGGCAGAAGGUGAAAGCGCCUGUUAUGUCUCAGUAUGACAACAUGACGCCAGCUGUGCAGGAUGACCUGGGUGGGAUCUAUGUCAUCCAUCUGCGCAGUAAAUCAGAUCCUGGGAAAACUGGACUUCUCUCAGUGGCAGAAGGAAAGGAAGGGCGGCACCCAGCCAAGGCUGUGAGUCCUGAGGGAGACGACCGCUUUUAUAGGAAGCAUCCAGACCCAGAGUUUGACAGAGCCCCCCACCAUGGAGGGUAUGGCAGUAUACAGGCAGAGAAGCCAACCCUCCCUCAGAAGCAAAGCAGCCUUAGGAAUAGAAAGCUUCAUGACAUGGGUUGUAGUCUCCCAGAGCACAGGGUGCAUCAGGAAGCAAGCCAUAGGCAAUUAUGUGAAUCAAAAAAUGGGCCACCAUACCCCCAGGCAACUGGCCAGUUAGAUUAUGGGCCCAAAACAAUUCCAGACACUUCUGAGCCAGGCAGCUACCAUAAUUCUGGAGGGAAAUACACCACAGGGCAGGAGUCCUUAAGAUUGAACCACAAAGAGGUGAGGCUCUCCAAAGAGCUGGAGCGGCCCCGAGCCAGGCAGCCACCUGCCCCUGAGAAACACUCCAGAGACUGCUACAAAGAGGAGGAGCACCUCACUCAGUCAAUGGUCCCACCCCCUAAGCCAGAGAGGAGCCAUAGCCUAAAACUUCAUCAUACCCAGAACAUGGAAAGGGACCCCAGUGUGCUGUACCAGUACCAAACACACAGCAAGCGCCAGAGCAAUAUGACUGUUGUGUCCCAGUAUGACAACCUGGAGGAUUACCACUCCCUGCCCCAGCACCAGCGAGGAGGCUUUGGAGGCGGGGGCAUGGGAACAUAUGUGCCCUCUGGUUUUGCCCACCCACAGAGCAGGACAUAUGCUACAGCGUUGGGUCAAGGGGCUUUCCUGCCCACAGAGUUGUCUUUGCCACAUCCUGACACACAGAUUCAUGCAGAAUGAGCCCCGGGAGCAAUAGAGUUGAAGCAGCCUCUGCUGGACAGUGGACUGUUCUAUUUUUUUCAAUAACCAAAAAAGAUUAAAAAAAAAAAUCUACAAAACCCCUGACCACGUUAAAAAGAAAAUAUAAUAAAAGUAAACAAAUCACCAUCCUCCCCGCCCUUUCCUGCUUCAUUACCACCUCUUUCAUAUAUAGACUGUGUCAUUUUUGUCUUUAAAAGAGAUCUGAGUGAUUGUAAAGCACUGUGUUGAAAACAUAGUAAAGAAAUUUGUCACAGACCGUACUUGCCAUAUAGGGCUAAUUUAUAAGAGCCUGAGGACUGCCUUUAACUGAAUUUAAAUUUAACUUUGUCUUUUCUUCUUAGCACUUGCUACCUAGUUCAGAGCAGUUUACAUCUAUUUCCUGGUGGGCUUUUGCAUUUACUGUUAUGUUCCUACGCCCCCAUCAGUGGCUGCACAGCCUGCCCACAUGGACACUUCUUUCCAUUAUCACUUCAUUCAUCUUGACCGAGAAGGGGCUUGUGUGUUAAAUUAUUUUUUUAGCCAUCCUAUAUUAAUAAUUUAUUAACUUUUGGUUGUAUGUUAAAUUAGAGUGGAGAAAACUCCCUUAUCUUUCAGAUAAGUCAGACAAUUGGAGCAUUAUAAUUAAAACAUAAAGAAAUUAAGACUUUAAACAUUCAGUAGUCUCUUCACAGUGAGCAAGCUCAUGUCACUACAGGAGGGAUUUUUCAAGUUAGAAUUUAGGGAAACAUCCUAGGCAGAAGAAUGUGAAAUUCUUAUUGUCAAUUAACUUUAUUAACACCAGAAAGCUGUAUCAUUGCUUUUAAUGUGAUGCCUGACUGCAGAUUCCCCCCACCCAAUAAUAUUUAGUAAAUUGAGAUUCCAGUAAAAUGUUAACAGUACUUGUUCUUCUAAAUUAGCAACCUUUUCCAAUUAAAGAAAAAAAUAGCGUGUUAUGACUGUUUUCAGGAAUAUAGAUUUAUGUGAUAAUUUCUGUUUCUAAACCAGAGUAUAUGUUCCCUAGGAAUUCUUACAGUAACUGCAAAUUAUCUGUACUGCAUGUCAUUGUUGCAGUAACCACCAAGUACACAGCCCCAUGUCACCAGUUGGAGUUCCAGCAGCUACCAUAAUGUUCUAAGGAGUCACUCAGUAUAUGCUUACUCUGUAUUCAUAUGAUCACGGUCUUACUGUAAUUAUCAUCUACACCAGCAUUUCAGGUAUAGCUCUUUAUAACUCUGUAGACAUGUUAAACAUGUUUAAUAUCUAGGACUUUCUUUUGAAAGUUCAUUCCUUAUCAGAGUAGGAACAGAACAUCUCUCUAGCCUAACUCUACUCUUGUUUCCCAGCCCACCCACCGCAGGUCCACCAGACUAGCAGAACAGUCCUGUAUUUACUGUGUGAGCUAAGAUUGUCAUUCCAUUCCAUAACUUGUGAUAAUACUUGAGUUUUAUACAUUCACAUAUUGUAAAUGUUCAGUUUAUAGAAUACACAGGAGAUUUUAUUCCAUUUACUGGAUGAUUGCUGCUCUGGCUUUUUAGAACUUGGAAUUAUCUUUUAUUUAGAGCAAAAGAAGAAAUCUUUUAAGAGGCUAAAAUAUGCUGCUAUUAUUGCUGUGAAAUUGUGUAAAGAUUAGGAUUCAUGCCAGUCCUCUUUUUUUAAUUUAAAAACAUGUGAUUACAUUUUAGGGGUUUAUAUUUAGAAAAUGAAAAAUUUCAGAGCAACAUAUUUAUAUAUGAAAAUACUCUAUAAGGUUUUCUUUUGUUCCCCAGAAUUGAUCAGAGGGAUGCAAUAAAGACCAGAGUAAAGAUCUUGAAAAAACAAUAUGUGAAAUGUCUGUAGAAGUUUAGGCCUUUACAUUAAGAGUGCAGGCCCAACUGAUGUUAGAAAAUGUUUAUGUUAGGAAACCUGAGAGGAUGCUUCCAUCUGGCACACAAACACAUUGGGUGCUACAUUGAAGAGUUGGAUCUCUGGUGAAUAUGCAGCACUAAUUUUUUUUUUAACCUUAUUCAUCUUUUUAUCAAGUAGGCAAUCCCUUGCUCCUUGGAGAUCAUACCAGCCCUGAAAGUUCUCACCAGCAAUCUGGAUGUUAGCAAGAGGGGGCUGGUGUAACUAGUAGACACAUGGCUUCAGUAACUGAGGGCCCAGAAAGAAGUAGUGAAUGAAGUCCAGGCCAAUUUUAAUAUCUGUGGAUUUGUUGUCACACACACAUUGUUUACUCCUGAAACUAAAAUCAAUUUUAUAAAUAUGACAUUUAAUUCCUCAGAACAACUUCUUUAUUAAUAAUGUCCUAUGGGUUUGGAAAUAUCAGGUAAAUAUUUUGAAUAUAGAAUAAUGAUUCAGAUUACUGGUAUAAGUGUGAAACACAAACUUUAGAGAAAGUCUAUAGUUUAGUUAAUUAUGUAGCAACAGCCUUAACUUUGGAUUCAGUUAUUUGAAAGACUUUGCCCACAUCUUUUCCUUCCUAAUAUGUGGGGUAGAAAUCAGAUGGCAAAUCACUGUGAGCCAGGUUACCUCAGCAUUGUUCACCUUUGUGUGUGACUUCACAAAUACAGUAAUUGAAUGUUAUUACUUUCAAAUGUUGACAUGGAGCAUUAUGAUCAAGGAAGUGGAACUGCCUUAUGCAUUAAACCCCUAAUUUAUUGAGCCAUGUCUCCAGAUUUUAUCUUUUUGAAAAAAACUCUUGAUUCCACAGUUCAGUUUGAUUGAGAUAAGUAUUCCCUGGAUGUCUGGCUAGGGACUCUAAGAGUCCCAAGGAUGCCAUAUUCUUUAUAAUAAACUUAAUCUGAGCCUUAUUUCUUACUGUAUAAAUUUCCUUUUCAUUCACAUAUUUUAAAUGCUCAGUUUGAAGAACUCCCUGGGAUGGUCCCAAGGGUAAGGCCUGCACAAUUCCUUAGGAAGGCAAAGCAUUUUUAAAUAUUUAGGUCAGGUUGAAAAACUCUAGAGCUACUUCUGUGAAGAAGAGGGACCAUGAAUGUGAGUUGGGAUAGAAGAGUGGGUAUCACAUUUGAAGCAGAAAUAGAUGCUUAUGAUAUAUAUUUGAAAUUUGCCCCUUUAGUUCAAGAAGGAGCCUGUAAAAUCCAUUUAUCUGUUCCAUCCCUUUAGGUCACCUAUUCAGUAUGUUGGCAAAGUAUGGUCUGAACAGAGUGUGCAAGGAAAUGAAUAAGAAAGUCAAAGUAUGUCAGAAAGUUUCUUCCAAAUGGUUAGAGGCAUGUGAAUUGUCAGUACUGUGUAAUGGAAAUGUCAGGAAUGAUGUAUUUUUAAUAUGUGCAAGAUAAUGUUGGUGUCCACAGAGGGUCUUUUUUUCUUAUCUGCUUAGUACUGUUAAUGUUCAAAGAAUAAAAAUGAUUGUUUUACAGUUUAGAUUCUGAGAUAGCAAAACCUGAUUUUUCAACCAUGACCUGCAUGAGAGAAGCACCCUAGGAAGUCUUAGAUCAUACUUUUGAUUUCUUUAAUUUAUAUAGUGUUUUUUUAUGUUUUAAUAUUUUUGUGAACUGGUGUAAAUUGUUAAUGCAUAUAAGCUUGUGUAUUUUUGUAAAUAGUUUUGUGAUUUAUUUCUUGCCCCAUAUGUAAAUAUUUAGAGUCUCAUUUCUUCCAGACUUAUUUGAAGCUGAGUUGUGGGUUUGGGGUUUUGUUUGUUUUCUUGUUUGUUUGGGUGGGGGGUGGGGAGAAGGGAUUUUGUACUUGGAGAUGGAGAUAUCUUGUGGUUUAAAGCAAAUGUCCCAUGAAAGCAAUUCAAAUAUCAACAGAAUUAUUUCAGGUUAAAACAGACUCUCUUGUGUAUGUGGUUCUUUUUUGAUCUUACAUGAAUUAUAAUUGAUUCGCGAUUAAUUUGGGAUAUUUGAACCAGAAGACAGAUAUUUGUAUGACAUAACCUCUUAUACCAAUUAUUUGAGGAGGGAUCCUGUUUCUGUCUGUGCCACAAUCCACUGCCUGACUAAAUUCCCCACAGCUCCAACACUUAACUCUUCAGAACUGGAGAGGCUUCAUGAUCUCUUGUGGAAAAUUCAGGCAAAUGUGAUGCCCCUAGGGCUCUUAGGAAUAUGUGCUUUUUUUCUGUGGCCUGGCACCCAGUGUGCUGACCCAAGGAGGUCAAAUUGGCCUCUGAACUCAGAAUCCUCCGAAAGGGUGUCUGAAUAAAAAACAUUUUUUAAGAUUCUCAUACAGCAUAUCAGAUUCCUAUCUUCAGAGUAAAAUAACCAAUAAAGAAUGAUCCUCUAGACUUAGCCAUAUGUGGUAAACUGCCUUGUGGAUAUUCAGUAGAGACUGUAUCCAUGAAAUGAAUUACUAUAGAUCUGAGCCAAGUGCCAACCUAUAACCCACUGCCUAAUAGGCUGUCCAGUCUUAGCCCUGUGCCAGUUCUCAGAUAUUUCAGUAUCAACCAGGAUUUGGGGGCAGGAAGUGGCAACUCUCAAUAUUUAGCUAUUUUAAAACUAGUUUUCCUACUGGGAGUCAAAAGUUACAAAUCAUUCUUCAUUUGAAAAAAUUAAGAACCCACCCCUAUUGGUCAGUAAUCAGGAAAGCGGCCUGUUUAGUCCAGAUGCCCCUGGUAAGACACCUUUGACAUGUUCACUGGAUCUUCCAAUUUUAUGGGACUCUGCUAGUCAUUCCAACUAUUUCAGCAUUUAUCUCAUAUCUCAUACUGAUGAACAUAUAAUAACUAUCCCCUAAAAUAUGUAUUUAUCACUAAGGAAUUGGCGAAAAAUGACACUAGUGGUGUUUGAGAUUUUAGUCUUUUUUUCUGUAGGAAAAUGCACUUUUUAAAUAUUAACUCCUUUCUGCAGUAAAAUCUUGGGAAUCUAGAAACACCAAAACAUCCUGUAUGUCUUCCAACAUACCUCUAGGGGGGAAAUAAAAAGCUUGAGGUUUAAAUUUUAUUUUCAAUAUUUUAAUUAAAGUCUCUUCAUAGCACAUUUGAAGCCACAAACUUUGCUGCCAGUAUACAUCAAGAUUCAUUACUUAUGUCUCUCAUUUAUGUCUUUAGAUGACUAUAAUUUAGUGAUUCCCUCAUGGACAUAUUUGAGAUAAAAGGAGUGUUUGCUUUUAUACCGAAUGCUCUCUCUUACUACCAAAAUAUAUUUUAUGUUCUUUGUCCUUUUUUCUUUUUAAUACCCUUCUUGGCAUUGUUUCUUUUAUUAUCUAUAGACUUCCAUCCUCUCCCUCUUUGUGGUUCUAGUCCCUCUUGGAAAUCACCCAAUUAGGUCCUCAAAAUGGCAAACAAAAGGAAGUUCUGAACUGGGCACUUGAAAGGUUGUCCUGAACUGCGCAGCCUCUGCAUCAUCUGUUUGUUUGUUAUUCAAAGGCCUGUUUUUUUUUUUUUUUUUUUUUUGGGUCUUCUAACAAGUGCUCUAAUAGAUGAGUUGUAUAAAGUGAGAUAUUAACAGCUGUUUAGAAGGGAGAAUGAAACAGACUUUAUUCUGUUGUGAGGCAUUCAGUCUGGUUAGGGAUUACAGCUAGUACAUUCGGUUGCGUUUAAGCCAUGUGCUGUUUCAAAUAUUGUGUGUGAAAAGUAGAACUAGCUCUGGGAACCAAGCUACAUCGUGCCUUCCUAUCUCUCCAAAGCUUUUACAAGAACUUGUGUCACAAAAUCAGCUUGUUUGACUUUGUAGUUUUAUGUAUUUUAUCAGUUGUAGGCAACAGCAUAGCAAUGUUUUUAAGAGCUGAGAAUAACUCUGUGCUUACUGACAGUGCCAGACACCAGUAAGCUUUUUGCAUCUUCUAACUCACUGAUUGCUCAUAACCCAUUGAUUUAUAGAUGAAACUAAGGCACACAAAGAUUGGUCAACUGUCACACAAAUAGUGACAUGGGGUUGAGACUUAGACCUGAUACUCUAAUGUAAUGUAUGCUCUGAUAAAAGCAGAUUUAGUGUUGGAUAGUUGAAUCCUAUCUACUAAUUAGUAAUUGUAACCCCCCUACUAAAUUACUAACCCCCUCUGAAAUGAUUUCUAACAUGCUCACUAAGCCUUGGCUGUUUUCAUCUCUAAAAGGGGAAUAAUGAGACUGUAGUAGUACCUAAGGGCUGCUAUGGGAGUUAGAUAAUAGAUACUUCUAAACAGGAGAACAAGGGCUGAAUAAAACUUAACCAGAGUUUUUACUAUGAAUUAGUGCCAGACUAUGCAACAGUUAAAAGGAAAAGGGUUAAAUUAUACGUAAAUAAUUCUAUCAUUAAGAAUUUAUUCAGGAUCAACUUUUUUUAUUAGAGCUUUAUGGUUAUACAUAAUAGUUGGGUUCAUCCCAAAAAACUCAUGCAUGCAUAGAAAUCUUUUUCAGUUCAUGAUCCCUCUUUUUCCCUUUUAUCCUUCCUGCCUCCCCCUCUCCUUCCUCUAAUCUACUGGACUUCCUUUUACUCGUCUGUUAAUUGAUUGGUUCCUUAUGUAAUCUUAUCCUUCCCUUCCCCUCUCCUUUAUUUUAUUUCAGCUUCAUUAUAUGAGAAAACAUUCUGACCUUUGAGUUUCUAAGUUUGUCUUAUUUCACUUAGCAUGAUAUUCUCCUUUUCUAGACUUUUACUGGCAAAUGCCAUAAUUUCGUUCUUUUUAAUGGCUGAUAGAACUCCAUUGUAUGUGUAUACCACAAUUUCUUAAUCCAUUCAUCUAUUGAUGGGCAUGUGAGUUGACUACAUAAUUUAGCUAUUGUGAAUUGUGCUGCUAUAAACAAUGAUGUCACUGUGUCACUAGAGUAUGCCAAUUUUAGAUCUUUUGGGAAAAGACCCAGGAGUGGGUAGUUGGGUCAUAUGGUGGAUCCAUCCCUGGUUUUUUUUUUUGAGAAAUAUCCAAACUGCUUUCCAGAGUGAUUGUGCUAGUCUGCAGUCCCACCAACAAUGUACAAGUAUUCCUUUCUCCCCACAACCUCUUCAGCAUCUAUGAUUGAUUGUAUUCUUGAUUAUUGCCAUUCUGAUUUAAUUUGCAUUUCCCUGAUUGCUAGAGAUAGUGAACUUUUUUUCAUGUAUUUGUUGACCAUUUUUGUUUUUUCUAUUGAAAAGUUUCUGUUUAGUUCUUUUGUCCAUUUAUUGAUUGGGUUAUUCGGGGUUUUUGUUUGGGGUGUGUGUGUGAAGUUUUUUGAGUUCUUUGUAUAUUCUGGAUAUUAAUCCCCUAUUAAAGUAGUAGUUGGUCAA